CCCUUCUAACAUCUUCAUUUUUGCCCGUGUCUCCGCAACGAUGUCCGUCCAGAGCCAGAAGACCACCACGUCCACCUCCACCUACCGGACCAUGAACGUGGCCUCACCCGAGCCGUUGAGCGGCGGUACGUUGCUGUCCACGACCGCCCGCUCGGCGUCCCCGCUUCAGUACGCCGUCAACGGCGGCAACUACAACACGCUGCGCUACCUGGUGCCGAUGCAGCCGACCGUGCAACAGCAGUCCUACGUGCUGGUGCAGCAGCCCACCGUCAUGCAGCAGAUGAUGUCGCCCGUCUACCUGCAGGGCGUCCCCCGCAUGAGCGUCAGCAGCAGCCUGGACUCGGAGCUCCUGUUUCAGCAGAACACGGAGGAGGAGGACGAGGAGGCGGUGGAAGUGGAGGAGGUGGAGAUCGUCAACAUCGUACAGCAGAAGCCGCCGCCGCCGGCCAUCGAGAAGAUCUCCCGCACGGAGGUGAAGACGGGCCUGAACGAGGCCACCAAGAUGGACACGCGCUACUUUGCCGCCUUACUGGCCGACGUCUACAGGAAGAACUGCGACAUCCACUCCUGCAUCUCCGAGCACGUGUCCAAGAUCCGAGGACAGAAAGUGGAUCUGGGUGUUGACCAGGUGGAAGAUGUUGAGUCCCUGCUCCCGAAAGGAGCCACGGAACUGACCAAACAGCAAAUCCGUUACCUGCUGCAGACUCGCCUAACUGCGGAUAAGAGCAUGCGUCUGCUGCUGUCCACCUUCAGCAGCCUGAGAGAAGAGCUCCUGCACAUGUCCGAUGACUUGCGGCGUCUGGAGGGCGAGAAGGAGGCGCUGGAGCGAGAUCUGGCCUUCAAAGUGGAUCAGGGUCGCCAGUACGACAGUCUCUUGGAAGCGGUUCGUGAAAACAACAGACAGCUUCAGGUGUCUCUGAAGGAGAGCACCACCUCCCAGCGUGCCUUGGAGAGCCAGCUGAUGAGCGCCCGCAACACCGACGCCAGCCGCGACUUCCGAAUGAAAGAGCUGGAGGGACGCAUCAGAGCUCUGGAGAAGGAGAACGAGAUGCUCCGACAGAAGCAAUUAGGCCAAUCCAACAGCAGCACACUCCACAUCAAGACCGAGGAGCUGUCGCGGCAGUUCAACGAGCAGCUCGGCACCAUGAAACAGGAGAAGGACCAAGAGAUCCUGCGGCUGCGGACUCAGAUUACGAGGCUCCAGACAGAGAUCACCACCGAGAGAACGUCGUCCGCCUCGGAGAAGACCCUCCAGUUGAAGAUCUCGGAGCUGCUCGCCAUGCUGGAUCAGCGACAGACCACCAUCACCAGACAGGAGGAGGAAAUCCAAAGGCUGAUGAUGGAGAGAAACAAAAAAGACAGCUCCCAAACCACCAAGACUAUCAUCACCAAACGGUACAGGAACCAGUACCCCAUCCUGGGCCUGCUGAGUGACGACUACCAUAUCAACUCGACCUCGCCGAUCAGUGAAGACAAGACCAUCGUCAUUGAGAGAUCCGGAGAGGUUAUCCGACGGGAAUGAGGGCACAAGAACAACACGGCAGCUCAUCCAGCCCACUCCAUGGAUUCCGAAGAAUAGCUUAUACGCAGAAAUGGAUUUCAUGUCUUAUUUUUACACUAAUCCGACAGUUCCGAAAACGUUUUUUUCUUUUUUGCAUUGACCAAUAAUGGGCAUACGAUGCCUAGCUUUUGCAGUAACUCAUUGAUCAUUUCCCCGCAAAGUCAGGUAAAUUUGUCACUGUAAAUAUUUAAAUAUAUAUAUUUGUGAGACGGUUUAGAGAAAUGGGGAGGGAGCUCUGCGGUUUAUUUGGUUUAUUGAAGUUGAUUUGAUCAUGUUUAUUUGAGGGUGGUAUGAAGGGGAGAGGUGCAUGGAUGUAGGCGCUUUAUGGUUAGGGAGUUUUAAGAUGGGAUUUUAAAGCACAACAUGAUGUCAACUGGUAUUUGUUUUGCGCUUCUAGUGUAGUGAACGCUUUUUGUCCACUGGAAGAUGUCCUACAGCUUGAUUAGCAUGGGACGCUAACACAUUAGCAAUAAAACAGCCUUACUAAAACCUUA